AGGCGAGGGACCUAGAGUCAAGGGGCGAACAGGCUCGGCAGUGGGUUUCUAAGCGGUUGUCUUGUAAAGACAGCACCGAUAGGGCGGGGAACGGGAGUGACGCCUUUUUCGACUUUGUAUGUGUACCCUACACAGUGUAUGUGCAGUUUGUGUAUGCAGAGGGGAAAUGAAACUAAUGUAAGCCAACAUUUGGAAACCGUGAACCUUGGCGAUGAGAAGAAAUUGAAUUUCCAUUGGUCUCCGUGUGUCGCGCAUUCGGACUCCGACUCUGGUGAUGCCUGUGGUGUGGGGAUCGCCGUGCAUCUCAGGAAAACAGGGCGUCGGAGGAUGAUGGUAGUCAAAAGAUCAUCAUGGCAAACGGAACCGGCACUAUUAUGUUGAAAUGCGUUGUUGUUGGUGACGGUGCUGUGGGCAAAACGUGUCUGUUGAUGAGCUAUGCCAACGACGCCUUUCCAGAGGAGUACGUACCCACUGUGUUUGACCAUUAUGCAGUGAGUGUCAACGUUGGCGGGAAGCAGUAUUUAUUGGGAUUGUACGACACAGCUGGUCAGGAGGACUAUGACCGCUUGAGGCCUUUGUCAUACCCCAUGACUGACGUCUUCCUGAUCUGCUACUCCGUGGUCAACCCAGCCAGUUUCCAGAAUGUGAGGGAAGAGUGGGUCACCGAACUGCAAGAGUAUGCCCCCAGUGUCCCAUACCUCCUCAUAGGCACUCAGAUUGACCUUCGUGACGACCCCAAGACCAUUGCCAAACUGAAUGACAUGAAGGAGAAGCCCAUCACCACAGAGCAGGGCCAGAAGCUAGCCAAGGAGAUUGGCGCGUGUGUCUACGUGGAAUGCUCAGCUCUCACCCAGAAAGGACUGAAAACUGUGUUUGAUGAGGCCAUCAUCGCUAUCCUGACCCCCAAAAGGAAGAAGGGUGCCCUGAAGAGAAGACUGGGGCCGCGCUGUAUCAACUGCUGCCUCAUCACGUGAGAGAGAUGGGAACGUCCAAUAACACCUGGGUCAUUUUCAUUAGGGCAUGCAACAGAAAAUGUUUUAAAACAUGUCGAAACAAAAAAAGCUUUUUUUUAUUGGACAAGAUCCCCACCCUGUUUCAGACUGUUUUUCUUCCAUUUGGUGAUGAAUACACUCCUGAAUAGAAACCAGAACGAAUGACAGAGACAGAGGUCAUAAGAAGGGGAAAACGACUGAAGGACCGAAAUGGACAAAUGAGGACCCUAUUUUUAGUUCAGGGCUCUUGAGCGGUUUUGUCUCUCCUGCUGUCGACCAAUGGAGUUGGAGGUGGGUGGGUGGGGGGGGACGGACAGCUUUACUACCAAAGGAGCACAAUACCCAGGUCAACAACGCCCUUGAGUAAGAAUUUAUUUGCCUUCAAAAGUAUGUUAUUUUUUAAAAGUUUUUUUUAAUGGUUUUCCUGUACAAAAAUAUGUAUCAAGCUGUCAGAAAACAGAGGUAUCAUUGUGUCCAUUUAACUCCUGAUGUGUCUAUUUUUUUUGUACUGUCUGCUGUAGAAAUGAAUGAAUGGGUGCAUUGCAUUUAUUUAAAGCGCUUUCCAUCAGGCCUCCAAGUGCUUUACAUUAUGUUUUGGGUAACUCACCUUAGCCACCACCAAUGAAAUGCAUACAGUUUAAAAUAUAUAAUAAUAAUACUUUGAUCCCAUCUAGUAUGGGGAGUUUUUUAUGAUCCCAUAUUUUAGGACACGACCUGCUUUUCUUGCUCAGCUUGCAGUGCUAAUAUUAAAAAUGUUGGAUUUAUUUGUCAGUAGCCCAAUGGUGCUGAAAUAAUUGAGUGGAGACACCUGUAUGGGAUACAGGGAUGUGGGGAGAGCGGCACAAACAUAUCUCCAGCACCAACAUUAAGCACAGUCCACAUACCUAUCCCUGUACAUUAAAGCACAGUCCACAUACCUAUCCCUGUACAUUAAAGCACAGUCCACAUACCUAUCCCUGUACAUUAAAGCACAGUCCACAUACCUAUCCCUGUACAUUAAAGCACAGUUUAAAAAAUCAAGGUGUCUUGGUGUCCUAAAAAAAAAUGCACCCCCCCCCCAAUGUUAUAUUUUCACAUGAAAAAAAUGCCCCCCCCCCCCCCCCUCAUAGAAUUAGAUCAAAAUAAUGUUUAUGACCACAAAUAGCAAUAACUGCAGAUGCCCUGUGUUUUAUAAACGCGGAUAUCGACUUCGCAACUUCAGCAUGCUUUUAAAAAACGAUUUUAUACAUUAAAGAAUAAUAGUGAAGAUAUCAAAACUCUGAAAUAACACAUGGAAUAAUGUAGUAACCAAAAAAGUGUUAAACAAAUCUAAAUAGUAGCAACCUUUUGCCUUGAUAACAGCUUUGCACACUUGGCAUUCUCUCAACCAGCAUUAUGAGGUAGUCACCUGGAAUGCAUUUCAAUUAACAGGUGUGCCUUAAGUUAACUUGUGGAAUUUCUUUCCUUAAUGCGUUUGAGCCAAUCAGUUGUGUUGUGACAAGGUAGGAGUGGUAUACAGAAGAUGGCCCUAUUUGAAGACAUGAAGGUCAAUCAAUCUGGAAAAUUUCAACAACCUUGAAACUUUCUUCAAAUGCUGUUGCAAAUACCAUUAAUCAUUAUGAUGAAACUGACUCUCAUGAGGAAAGGAAGACCCACUGCUGCAGAGGAUAAGUUCAUUAAGCGUAAACUGCACCUCAGAUUGCAGCCCAAAUAAAUGCUUCACAGAGUUCAUGUAACAGACACAUUUCAACAUCAACUGUUCAGAGGAGACUGCAUGACUCAGGCCUUCAUGGUCAAAUUGCUGCAAAGAAACCACUAAAGGACAUCAAUAAGAAGAAGAGACUUGCUUGGGCCAAGAAACACGAGCAAUGGACAUUAGACCGGUGGAAAUCUGUCCUUUGGUCUGAGUCCAAAUUUUAGACCUCCAUGUCUUUGUGAGACUCAGAGUAGGUGAACGGAUUAUCUCCGCAUGUGUUCCCACCGUGAAGCAUGGAGGAAGAGGUGUGGGGGUUCUUUGCUGGUGACACUGUUAGUGAUUUAUUUAGAAUACAAGGCACAUUUAACCAGCCUGGCUACAGCAGCAAUACACCAUCCCAUCUGGUUUGGGUUUAGUGGGACUAUCAUGACUAUCAUCAGUAGGUGAAUGCCACCAACUAACGUUAAUCGUGGACGCAUUAACUUGCUCAUAUCAAGCAACGCAUACAAGACCGUUUGUGGAAAAGUAAACAAAUAACCAUUUGUGGCAUUUUUUUUUAAUGAUCAGACAUAUAAACAGAAGUAGAUUGUUGCUAGAUGGUGAUGCUUUAAUUUAUUUAGUGAAUAAGCUGAAGCUGAGUUUUUCACGUCGUUUGUUCGGCGCUAACUGUUCAUGCUAGCCGCACGAUCUAGCUAAACAGACGUCACACUCAAGAAGGCUCAACCAAUCACCCGGCGGGUCCUAUAUCAAGACUCAUGAAUAUUCAUAAUGUUGCCCCUGCCCAUCCCACUUUCGCAUCCAGGGACAGUCUGCUGAUCACAUCUGCCAAUCACAUUCUCUGCAUCUAAGGUCCUCAACACAGCUGGUGACAGCUCGAGAGUUCGCCGUUGACAAACUUCUAUCAGGUAGUCAUUUUUUAAAUUUUGUAAUCUAUUUAGUUAUAGGAACUACCAUCAAUGCAAGCUGUAAAAUGACUCCCAACUUAUUCUGAACAAAAAUAUAAGUGUUGGUUCCAUGUUUCACGAUCUGAAAUAAAAGAUCCCAGAAAUUUCUGUCUAA